AUGGUCGAGUGGCUGUUGGGAGUUGAUCUACUAUCUACCCCCAACUACUGCUCCUUCUAUCAAGGAACCAUAGACGAACAGUGGAAAGCCUUUGGAUGGGCAGGAGGUGUAUUCCGGCGCGUGGAGACCCUCCGAAAGCCGGUGUUGGCCUGCUGGGAAAAGACUGGGACGGGCUAUCAAGUCAGUAAAUUAGUGAUCGUUCCCCAUGCCCUCCCAUUGGCUAAUGGUCCAGGCGGUGAGUGUCCGGGCCGGUCUCUUGGGGGAAUCUGGAGUCCCAGCGAUCCUGAGCGCCAACUGAAAGGGGAAAAGAGGGCAAAAAGGGCUCCGCACACCGGAGCUCUUAUCGGCCCUCCCAAGGUUGGGGCAUCUUUUUUUUUCAAUGCAAAGUCGGAAGUCCCAUUGAAACUCCUGGUCGGUCGGCAGCCCGCGCUCCAUUUUGGCUGGUUCUUGGUCUCCAGAAAAAAAGUGCCGCAUUGACUCAUCGCCGUUUCCCGCACCUUUUCUUUACUUCUUCGUUUCCCGUCCCCUCUCCAUCUUCUUUAGCCAUUUCUUCCUUCACUCUAAUCCUCUCCCAGAAUCCAAAACAAGGUCCGCCUGGCCAAUUCAUCUCCCUUUAAGUCCUCCCCUUUGGUCGUGGGCGUGUGGCAUAAAGUGGAAUACACCAGGAACUCAA